GUCACACUGAGAAAGAGCGGGACGUCCGGCUGGUGAAGGGUAGUGCUUGGCUGUCGCACGAGGAGAGAGCGGUUUAAAAAAAUGGGUGAUGUUGAGAAGGGCAAGAAGAUUUUUGUCCAGAAAUGUGCCCAGUGCCAUACCGUGGAAAAGGGAGGCAAACACAAGACUGGACCAAAUCUCCACGGUCUCUUUGGACGCAAGACAGGUCAGGCUGCUGGAUUCUCUUACAUGGAUGCCAACAAGAACAAAGGCAUCACUUGGGGAGAGGAGACACUGAUGGAGUACUUGGAGAAUCCCAAGAAGUACAUCCCUGGGACAAAAAUGAUCUUCGCUGGCAUCAAGAAGAAGUCAGAAAGAGCAGAGUUGAUAGCUUAUCUCAAAAAAGCAACUAAUGAAUAAUAGUUGGCACUGCCUUAUUUAUUACAGAAUAGAAAUGUCUCUGACUUUUUUUAUGUGUACCAUAUUUAAAUUGAUCUCACACACCAGAAUUCAGAUCAUGGAUGGCAGAUAGAAUGCUUUUGUCAGACAAUCCUUACUUAAAUAAGAUUGGCUUGUGGUUAAAUGAGUAUGAUCAGCGUUUUGGAUUUUGAUAACUCCAGUUCAGCAACUGCAAUCACCUUUUUCUUUGUAAAAAUAUAAUUGGAUUUGUGCUCAAAUUGUCAAAGAUGCUGAAUGCCAUCUCAAAACUUACAGGAGAUUGGUUUUGUGUUUAGAUUUAUAUAACUGGUUGACGUAAUUAAAUACUGUAGAAAUCUGUUCACUGUCUUAGAACAAAGAAAUAUUGACCUUUGUUUCAAGUUGUGUUAUUUAGCUGGGUGAAAACAGAGAGGGCUGAAGAUACGUUGGCAGUAUCCACUUUAUCCCUUUGGUCUCAAAUAGGCCAAUUGAAUUAAAAUCCCGUGUCUCUAAAAUGUUGCCUUUUAUGAAUGAAAGGCGUUUUAGUGUAAUUUGUGUACAAUAUCAAAUAAAGACUAUUUAAUACCACAAAAAAAAAAAA